GCUGCUUCUUACACAGAACCUAUUCCCCAAGAUUCCAAUCUGGUGAGCAGACAGUCACCAUGGCAGGCGUCCCCGAAAAAGCUCGAUUCUUUCUCGAGCAAGCCGUUCCCCAGCUACGCGAAUUUGAGGCUAAGGGCAUAUUCACUACCGACGAGAUCCGUUCGCUAGUACGAAAGCGUACCGACUAUGAGCACCUUGUACUGUCGCCUGGAAACAAGCCGACCGACUGGUUGAACUAUGCCGCCUGGGAGAAAUCCCUCGAAACCCUACGCGCGAAGCGAUGUCGUAGAUUACAGGUUCGCACUUCUUCCAAACACACGGGACAAGGACGGGUUUUCGGGAUCCUAGAGAGGGCAGUGAAUAGGCACCCAGGGAAUAUUGAACUCUGGAGGGAGUACUUGAAUUACGCAAGAGAUAUGAAGGCGACCAAACGUUACCGAAAGAUCAUAAGCAGGGCAUUAAGAAUGCACCCAAUGAAACCAGAACUUUGGGUACUGGCGGGUAGGAGGUCAGCAAACAGCGGAGACAUGCAGGCGGCAAGGGACUUUUUCAUGCGCGGAACUAGGUUUUGCACGAAAGACGCGACAAUCUGGCUUGAAUACACCAAAUGCGAAAUGCAGUGGCUAGAACGGAUGGAUGCCAAGAGAGGGAAGAAAGGCGGCGCCAAAAGAGCGAUUCAAGAACAGGCUGAACAGAGCGACGAUGAAAUAAAAUUCGCCGAGGAGAGAAGCGACGAUGAUGACGAUGUUGAUGAAAAUGGCCAGCUCGUUCUCCCAGACCCAGGAAACUUCGCUGGGAAAAUGGUUAUUGACGAAGACACCACGAAGAAGUUGGAAGGCAAAUCAGAAGGCAACCCUGCGCUAGAUGGAGCUAUCCCAUUAGCUAUAUUUGAUAUCUCAAAGAAGCAACCGUUCUUCAACUCUACGGUAGCGGAACAAUUCUUCGACCUCUUUACUACGUUCAAUACCGUCUCCGCCCAGGCUCGACUCAUCCAACACGUGCUGGACAGUAUGACAGAGCUUUAUCCCAACGAUCCCGCAACAUGCUUCUGCCAUAUCCGACAGCCAUUGGUUAAUGUCGGCAUAAAUACACCUUCGUAUCCUAAAGCUCUACGGGAAGCGCUGGCCCAUCUCAAGUCAUCUCUUUCCACCACCACUGACAAGACUAAACUGGUUGAGAAGGUGGAAUUGUGGAUAGAGCCCAUCCUAGCUUCUGAGGAUCUCGAUCCGGGUAUCCGUACAGUGCUAGAGUAUACCCUCCGAACAUUACCUAAGCCUUAAUAAAAACAAAUUACCCCCAAGGC